AUGAAUUAUCCUGAACAAAUGCAAGGACAAUUUAACAAUGUUUUGCGUAAUUUAAACAAUAUAAUUAAUGAUUCAACAUUAAUCGAUGAUCUUAAUAAAUUCACAAUUUCAAUCAAACAAUAUAAUCACAACCAUUAUACAAAUGAUUGUUAUCGAUUUAAGAAAGAAAUGGAGAAUAUGAAAGAACAGUAUGAUUCUAUCCAAGCCGAUUUAUCCAGUAUUCAAUCACUAAGUACUGAAAAUCUAAAAUCAAAUAUAACUGAUGAAUUAAGUGCACAAAUGCGUGACAUACGUCGUUGUUUAUCAAUAUUUAUUCAAGAACAAAAAUCCUUUAAUGGUCAUAUUGAAGAACAUAUUAUGACUGCUACAAAUGCUUCACCUGUUCCUCUUUCAACAUGA